UGAGCGGCUCCUCUCGAAAGCCAGUCUUCUCUCCGACACUGACUCCCUCCAUUCAGACCCCCAGGGAAGGGCAAGUCUGAAGCCGACACUGAAUCUAAAAAACAAAAACAAAAAAAUCAGCAAAAUGCAGAUUUUGAACGCCAUUGCGGUGCUUUUAGUAGCAUGCUCCGUGCAAGCGACGGUCUACUUUCGUGAGGAGUUCACGGACGGCGACAAAUGGAGAAGUCGCUGGGUGGACUCCAAACACAAGUCUGACUACGGAGAAUGGAAACUGACGUCUGGCAACUUCUAUGGGGACUCUGAAAAAGACAAAGGUCUCCAGACGAGCCAGGAUGCCCGAUUCUACGCCACCUCCAGCCGCUUUGAGCCGUUCAGCAACGAGGGCAAGAGCCUGGUCGUCCAGUUUACCGUCAAGCAUGAGCAGAAAAUCGACUGCGGUGGCGGCUACGUUAAGGUCUUCCCCGCCGACCUGGAUCAGACGGCGAUGCAUGGAGAUUCCUCAUACUACAUAAUGUUCGGCCCUGACAUUUGUGGCUACAGCACCAAGAAGGUCCACGUCAUUUUCAACUACAAGGGCAAGAAUCAUCUCAUCAAGAAGGAAAUUAAGUGCAAGGAUGACGAGCUGAGCCACCUGUACACGCUGAUCCUGAAUCCCGAUCAGACCUACGAGGUGAAGUUGGACAACGAAAAGGUGGAAUCCGGCAGCCUCGAAGAGGACUGGGACUUCCUGCCCCCCAAGAAAAUCAAGGACCCUGAAGCCAAGAAGCCCGAGGACUGGGAUGACCGGGCCAAGAUUGAUGACCCGGAGGACGCCAAGCCUGAGGAUUGGGACAAACCCGAGAACAUCCCUGACCCCGAUGCCAAAAAACCAGAGGACUGGGACGAAGAUAUGGACGGAGAGUGGGAGCCCCCCAUGAUCCCCAACCCGGAGUACAAGGGAGACUGGAAACCCAAGCAGAUUGACAAUCCCAGCUACAAAGGAACCUGGGUGCACCCCGAGAUCGACAAUCCAGAAUACAGUCCCGACUCCACCAUCUACAAGUUUGGCAACAUUGGCGUUAUUGGUCUUGACCUUUGGCAGGUGAAAUCCGGCACCAUCUUCGAUAACUUUGUGAUCACUGAUGAUGUGAAGGAAGCGGAGGACAUUGGAAAUGAGACGUGGGGUGUCACCAAGGAACCCGAGAGGAAAAUGAAGCAGGAGCAAGACGAUUUGAAACGAAAGGAAGAGGAGAAGAACAAAGAGCAGGAGACUGAGGCCGGUGAUGAGGAAGAGGAUGAAGAGGACGAAGAUGAGGCUGAGGAAGAUGAGGACGAGGAAGGACUCUCAGAAGAGGAUGAUGCGAAGCUCAAAGACGAGCUUUGAGGAGCUGUCAAGGUUUUCAUUAAGCGGGGGAAAAAAAACUGUUUUGUACAUUCCAGGGGCAUCAUGGCUGCCGUGCAUCCUCACCUGAAGAAUAGCACAACACAUUUCGAUGUCGUGGAGGUCAGGAUGUGUCAGCACUGAUGGCUAUGCGCUGAAUUUUCAUUUCUUCCCAUCACACGCUCCAUCCUCCUAAUGGAACGGUCCAUAUUUUCAGUAGUAAGACUGACGUUGUGGAAGAUAUAAAUAGGAAUUUCAAAUAAAAUCUGUUUAAUACCUCAAUCAAAAAAAAAAAUCAUGGUUGGUAUUGUAAUCCACCCAAAUGCAAAUGACUCUUUCAAAGUGAUAAUCAUUGUUUGCCGUUUGAAAUCUAAUGUGAUCCAUCAAGUCUUGUGAAGCCCCUGGUCCGUGUCAUGUGAUCAGGGCUCUGCUCAUUUCCAUUUGAGUGAAUAUACCAAAGUUUUUAUUAAAGUUUUUAACAAAUGUU